CCAAAAUCACUUUUUUCUCAAACACUACCAACUUUUACUAUUAAUCACUUUUCCCAAAAUCACUUUAAAAAAAUCACUUUUUUAAAGUUGAAGCAAUUGCAAACACUCCCUAAAUUUAUCAAAAGCGAGUAAGUUUUGGCAGUCGUGAUUCUUUCACAUGAACUGAGUCCGUAAAUCUGGUUGCCUAUCCAUUAGAUUCGUCUCUCUUACCCACAACCCACUCUCCAGUCCAACACUUUCGCCGGCUUUGUCCGCCUGUCGCGUUUCUUUACCCGUUCCUUCCUUCUCUCGCUUUUACUUUUCUUCUCACAGCUCUGUAAAUUUCCCAACAGGCAAGAAGACUUCUUGUCUUUUGCAGAAACCGCGUUUCCCGAUGUCUCACGCGUGGGCCCGCCCACCCACAGUCUCUUUCCCCCUCCUUCCUAGCUUUUUCAUUUCUGCCCAGAAAGAGCUUUCCUAGCUAGCUAGUCUUGAGCUUGCUUCCGCGAAUAACCAAAUCUCGAAAACCCAAUUCUGAAAAACCUGUCUUUUUUGUUUUGCCUUGGUGGGUAUGGCUGAAAACGGCGAGGAGAAGCUGAUAGCGGUGGCCAGGCACAUAGCGAAGACUCUGGGUCACACUGAUACCAUGACUGAUGAUAUUCUUCAGAUUUUCUCCAACUUCGAUGGCCGAUUGAGGGAGAAGCUCACCGAGGACGACUCCCGCGGCUGCGCCGCACUGGAGCGGACCCUCAAGUCUCUGGAUCGGCAGAUCUCGCGCUACGUGUCGGUGGAGCAUCCGGUUUGGUCCGAUUCUGCGGAUUCCGUCGCGUUUCUGGAAGCUGUGGAUCACUUGAUCUCUGCGAUUCGCGAAUGGACGCCGAUGGGGAACGAGAAGCAGGUUUCGUCCUGCUUGGAUCGGGCGGAGGAUUUGCUCCAGCAGGCGAUGUUCCGUCUCGAGGACGAGUUCAAAACCCUAAUGGAACGCGGGUCGGAGUCGUUUGAUUUGACCCGUUACAGGACCCGUGAGUCCGCGAACGAGGAUUACUCGUCGGAAUCGGAGGAAGCUGAUGAUGAUGAAGACGGGGAGAUCCCGGUGGCGCAUCCGAUUUCUGACUUCGACAUAAUCAUAGACGCCUUGCCGGCGGGGACUAUCAGCGAUCUGCACGAGAUCGCGAAGCGGAUGGUGGCCGCAGGGUACGGGAAGGAGUGCUCCCACGCGUAUAGCACUUGCCGGAGGGACUUCUUAGAGGAGAGCCUUGCCAGGCUGGGUAUAAAGAAGCUGAGCAUUGAUGAAGUGCAGAAAAUGCAGUGGACGGAGCUCGAAGAUGAGAUCGAGAGGUGGAUGAAAGCCGUCAACGUUUCCCUUCGGAUUCUCUUCCCCAGCGAACGCCGCCUCUGCGAUCGCGUCUUCUUUGGCUUUUCCUCUGCAGCUGACCUAUCCUUCAUGGAGGUCUGCAGGGGCGCCGCCAUUCAACUCCUCAACUUCGCAGAUGCAGUGGCGAUCGGCAGCAGAGCACCGGAAAGACUCUUCAAGGUACUGGAUGUUUACGAAACCCUAAGAGAUCUGUUGCCGGAGUUCGAAUUGCUGUUCUCUGACCAGUACUGUCUGUUCAUGAGAAAUGAAGCAUUCACCAUCUGGAAGAGGUUGGGAGAAUCAAUCAAGAGGAUCUUCAUGGAGUUGGAGAAUCUGAUCCGCCGCGAUCCGGCAAAGUCUGCUGUACCUGGCGGUGGUCUCCACCCAAUCACACGAUAUGUUAUGAACUAUCUCCGGGCAGCUUGCAGGUCAAGGCUUACCCUUGAACAAGUCUUCGAAGAAACCCUAACCCCGCCUACUAGUUCUCUCGACUUGUCAUCACCUUCAUCUUCCUCGUCAUUGGCAGUUCAAAUGGUGUGGAUUAUGGAAUUACUGGAGAGUAACUUGGAGGCGAAGUCAAAAAUAUACAGAGACUCUGCUCUGUCAUCCAUUUUCUUGAUGAACAAUGGGAGAUACAUUAAUCAGAAGGCAAAAGACAGUGAACUAGGGACACUUUUGGGAGACGAUUGGAUCAGAAAACACACAGCUAAAGUUAGACAGUAUCAUGUGAAUUACAAAAGAAGUUCAUGGAACAAAGUACAAGGAGUUUUGAAGAUAGACAGCUCCAUGUCACCAAGUCAAGCAUCAAAGACUUUGAAGGAGAAGCUUAAGUUAUUCAAUUCCUACUUUGAGGACAUAUGUAAAGCCCAAACAUCAUGGGUGGUUUUCGACGAACAAUUGAGAGAGGAGUUGAGGAUUUCUGUGGCGGAGACUCUUUCUCCUGCAUAUAGAAACUUCAUUGGAAGGCUAUAUAGCACUCCAGAUUAUGGGAAGCAUGCUGCUGCCGACAAGCAUGUCAGGUAUACUGUGGAGGAGCUUGAAGCUCGAAUAAAUGAGUUGUUCCAAGGCAACCGCAGCAGGAAGUAGACGAGCAAACCAAGUAAGUUAUGAGACUCGUUUGUGCUUGAGGUCUGGUGAAAAUUUUGUGGGGUGGGAGAUACAUUGUACCUUAUACUAUAGGUUUCUAAAACAAAAUGGAAACAAUUGAAACAUUUGUAACACUUUGGUGUCAUUUGUUUAGAGUUUAGACACUCGACUCCGCAGAGUUCUCUCAUUCCCGAGAAUCACACCGUAUGCUCGUCCUUGAAACUGCAAGUCUUGGCGAUCCCAUUAAUCCCGGAAUUGAGUGAAUUCACACUAUCCAGAUGCGCUUUUAUAUAAUAUUGGAGACUGUACAUCUAGCCAUAUUAGAGAAUUUUUGGGUCGGUAACUCAAAUAGGGUUGCAUCUUUAUUUUAAAAAAUAGGCUUGAUCUGGGUUGUAUUAUGUAUCUCUUGAAACAUUGAAAAAAAAGAAGGCUUGGACUUUUGCAGAGCCCCGAGUAGUCUUCUGAGGAACUGGCCAACUUGGGGCAAACAAUGUGUGAUUUUUAUUGCCUUUGUGUUUUGGUUUCUUCUUUGUUCAUCAAAUCAGCUAAUCCGUAGAACACAUCUGAUUCCAGUAAUCAUGUUGAAUUCAGGUCUUAUAUUUAUUUAUAACUAGUAUGUGUACCCGUGCACCGUACGGGAAAAUAUGUGUGUAAAGUUUUUAUUAAAAUUGUCGGG